AUGGAUUUGUGGAGCAGAAGGCAUGGGGAGAAUGAGGGAAACUAUGACGGGUUUGCCGGUGAGUUCAAGUAAAGUAAAUUCGUUAAAAAAUAACUUCAUUGCCAGUUUUUUGAUCCAUUUUUAUUUACUCUUACAUAUUGGAACUCUCUGAUGAUCUCCGAUGCAACUGAAAAAAUGAAUAGUUUUCGCUUUUCACGUCUUUUUAUGAUAACUGCUUUCCGCUUCUUUAUGUAACAUCCUACCGUCUUUUGAGCAAAAAAUUAGCCGAAUCGAGCUUCUUUGUUGCCAAGCGUCCGGCGAUUAUGAAUUCCCGGAUGGAACGGAAAACUUUGAAUACAAAAAGAACACUUAUUGUCAACGGGAAAGUUGGACAACUUGACGGUGCCAAUUUAUAUUUCUUUCUUAUGAUUCUUGCUUGGCUUGAUAUAACUUUUCAAUUAUUAAAUUAUAAAGGCAAGAAUCUUGCAUAAGAACUGAGAUUAGGUUGGCAAGGAAAGCGCAAGAAAUGUCAUCGUCCGUUUUUAGGUGUAAUCGGGAACUACGACCCUACCAGUUGGCCCGGCUUAUGUCGGAAUGGUCGAUCACAAUCUCCGAUUGACUUGGCGUCAGAAUCAACAACCUAUCGAUGGAUUGAGCCCCUGCAAUUUGUAAAUUUUGAUGCCGACGGGCCAUUGACUUUGGUAAAUACGGGUUGGUCAAGUAAGUUACUCUUUGUGUGACCCUUGAGAUAUGGUGUUCAUUUCAGUUGAACUUCAAGGCUUCCUAAGCUGGACAAACCGUCCAAUAAUCUACGGAGGCAACCUGAAUACCGCAUAUAACUUGGUUAAUAUUCAUUUUCAUUGGGGACAAAAUACAUCGCAUGGGAGCGAGCAUAGUGUGAAUGGGCUGAAUUAUGCGGCGGAGGUAAGGAAGAGUUGUUUUGCAAUGAUAAAUUUUAAGAAAAAUGCAUUUUUUUUGCCAAAUCAAUGUCUGUGAACUUCUCUUUAAAGUUGUUAGCUUCAAAUUAUAGCGUUUCCUUCUUUCAGAUGCACUUUGUUUUCUCCAAAACCGGCAAAACUCCCGAGCGUAAUGAUACUCGACGAACCACCACAGAUCUUCAUGUUCUCUCGAUUCUUCUCAAAGUAAACACCAAGCGUGGGGUUUUGUCAUCACUAGAGGGUUCACUUGCAGAAAUCGUUGAGAACGGUAAUUAAUGAUCAUUCAAAAAAAUUGACGAUUUUUCAGGUAGAUCUAACGCCAUUUCAAACAUAACUCCAUAUCACUUUUUGCCAAAUAACCUCGAUCAUUUCUACCGAUAUACGGGAUCGCUAACUACUCCACCUUGCACUGAAGGUGUGGUUUGGACCGUGAUGGCAACGCCGGUUGAUAUAUCGGUUCGUCAAGUAAGUUUUUGCGGCUUAUCCGAAUCCGAACUGUUGUAGCUUUAACUAAUUUUCUUUUUUUUUGGUUGAGUCUCUGAAAAAUUGACAAAAGAUUUUGUAGCCAGAUCUAUGAACUCUCUGGCACUAAAAUGUGAUAUUUUUAGAAUGCUCAAGGCUGGGAUUAAAUUCAUCCGAAAUUGCGAUACGCCUUUUUGCAUUAAUCCCAACUUACCGUUCAAUUUUCAGUUAAAUCUCCUCCGUCAGAUCCACAGUACCGACGAGACCCCCUUCAUCCCUGGGAAUUUCCGAAACACACAGAAACUCAAUAGUCGAGAAGUCUUGUUCAAGAUAUAA